AUGGCGCGCGGCAUCAUCAAGCACUUGAAGCGCAUGUAUGCGCCCAAGCAGUGGAUGUUGGAUAAGCUCCGUGGUCGAUGGGCUCCCAAGCCAAACGCUGGUCCGCACAAACUGCGUGAGUGCCUUCCCCUGAUUGUCAUGUUGCGGCAGCGCCUGAAGUAUGCCCUGACCUACCGUGAGGUGAAGAUGAUCGUCAUGCAGCGCUUGAUCAAAGUGGACGGAAAGGUCCGCAGCGACAUGUUCUACCCCGCAGGUUUCAUGGAUGUGGUGCAGAUUGAGAAGACCAAGGAGAAUUUCCGACUUCUAUACAACACCAAAGGCCGAUUCAUGCUCCACAAGGUGGCGAAAGAGGAGGCCAACUACAAGCUGUGCCGUGUGAAGAAGGUCAUGCGAGGUCCCCGUGGCAUCCCCUACGCGGUGACGCACGAUGGUCGGACUGUGCGCUAUCCCGACCCAGACGUCAAGGCACACGACACCGUGAGGUUAAACUUGGAGACGGGCAAGAUCUUAGAUCAUGUGAAGUUUGAGACGGGCAACCUGGUGAUGAUCAGCGGCGGAAACAACAUUGGCCGCGACGCCAUGGGACACACCUUCAACACUCGACUGGAGAACGUCUUUGUCAUCGGUGACGGCCAGAAGCCUUGGAUCUCGCUGCCCAAGGGCCAAGGUAUCAAGCUGAGCAUCAUCGAGGACCGUGAGCUGAAGGCCUGGGAGAAGUUCCUGCAGGAAACUUUGCAGGAUCCGCUCAUAUGCCUUGCUGUCGUUUGCAUCAUGCUGAUGCCACUGGGAGCCUUCCGCGAUAUGCUGAAGGAGAUGGGUGGAAGCAUCCUAAUGGUGGUAGCCCUGCUGCCACCUGGCGCGUGCCAUCACUGGCUCAGCCGGGCUCAGCCGGGCAGCCCAUGCUGUGGUAUGCCAUUGCCAAAUCGAGUGGGUGCCAACUAUGAGGAGGAAGAAGACCUCUUAAGAGGCAGAUGGAGGCCAAAGAAAGGGCAAACAAGCCAUGACAUCGAUGAAGAAUUCCCUUUUGGCAUCAAGCUCAAUACGAAGACUACGGCCAUGUUGGCGGUUGGGGUUUGCUUCCUCUUUGUGGUGUUGGUGAAGGUAGUGAUGUUCCCCUCGCCCAGCGAGAUGCCGCUGCCGCCGCGCGCUGCGGCGGCGGGGGCCUCAUCCAGCGAUGCAGCCAGCUUUGGUGGGCUGCAGAUGGCCACGAAGGAACAGCCAGGAGAAGGGGAGAAACCCUACAGCAACCAGAGAGAGCAAGAAAAUGACGACAACCUUGCGCAAAGAAGCAAGGAUGCGGACGACCAAGAUCAGCUGGGCAAUGAGGACCAAGAUCAACAAGGUAAGCAGCAUUUUGAGGAUGAAGAUGACCAGAAAGAGAAGGAUGAUGACGAUGAGGAGCUCUAG